AGUGCAGCCGCCUGCCUCUGUCACUGGGAGACAGUCCACUUAAAUGCAGCUCCAGGGUUGCGGGACACCCACCAGCAUCACUCCCCGUGUGAGGUGGCAAAUGCAACAUGCUGUCCAGCUUGGGGUGUCUGCUUUUCUGUGGAAGUAUUGCACUAGCCCUGGGAAAUGCACAGAAAUUGCCAAAAGGUAAAAGGCCAAGCCUGAAAGUCCACAUCAAUACCACGAGCGACUCCAUCCUCUUGAAGUUCCUACGUCCAAAUCCAAAUGUAAAAUUAGAAGGUUUUCUCUUGGGAUAUGGCAGCAACUUGUCACCAAACCAGUACUUCCCUCUUCCAGCAGAAGGGAAAUUCACAGAGGCUGUGGUUGAUGCGGAACCUAAAUAUCUGAUCGUUGUGCGGCCUGCUCCCCCUCCGAGUCAGAAGAAGUCGUGCUCAGGUAAAUCACGCUCUCGCAAACCUCUCCAGCUGGUGGUUGGCACUCUGACACCAAGCUCCGUAUUCCUGUCCUGGGGUUUCCUCAUUAACCCACACCACGACUGGACGUUGCCAAGUCAUUGUCCCAAUGACAGAUACUAUACAAUUCGCUAUAGAGAAAAAGAUAAGGAAAAAAAAUGGGUUUUCCAACUCUGUCCGGCCACCGAAACAAUCGUGGAAAAUCUAAAACCCAACACGGUUUAUGAAUUCGGAGUAAAAGACAAUGGAGAAGGUGGAAUUUGGAGUAAGAUUUUCAAUCACAAGACUGUUGUUGGCAGUAAAAAAGUAAAUGGGAAGAUCCAAAGCACCUAUGACCAAGUCCACACAGUGCCAGCAUAUAUCCCAAGGAAGCUAAUUCCAAUAACAGUCAUCAAACAAGUGAUUCAGAAUGUUACUCACAGGGCUUCAACUAAAUCCCCAGAUAAGACUCCCUUUGGAGGAACAAUAUUAGUCCAUCUUAUUAUUCCAGGCCUUAAUGAAACCACUGUUAAACUUCCUGCAUCCAUGAUGCUUGAGAUUUCCGAUGCAAUCAAGACACAGUUAGCUAAGAAUGAAACGUUGGCAUUACCUGCUGAAUCUAAAACACCAGAGGUAGAAAAAAUCCCAGCACGGGCCAUAACAGUGCCAGAGUCAAUGCCAAGGACCACGAAACCCACUGUGUCUAGUGCACUAGACUUUUCAGAAAAAACACUAGUUCUCAGCGAAAGGACGCCGGAAAUCCUGCAAACUAUUCUAAUACCUAGGUUUGAAUUGCCCCUGAGCACUCUAGCUCCGAAAAGGCUUCCAGAAUUUCCUCAGGCAAACACACCCUUCCCCUUUGAGAAGCCUGAGGGCACUCUGGCUUCAAGUGGAAAGCCAUGGACUGUGCCUACAAGUAAAACAUCAGAAGAUUCCAAACUCUCACCUCGAACUGCCACUUAUGAUGUUUUCUCAAGCCCUGCGACAUCAGAUGAGCCUGAAAUGUCAGAACCCCACACAGCAACAAGUGAUCCAUUUCUGGAUUCUGUCCCACCUAAAACUUCUAGAACUCUUGAACAGCCAAGGGCAACACUGGCUCCAAGUGAAACACCAUUUGUUUCUCAAAAAUUGGAAAUCUUUACAAGUCCUGAAAUGCCACCUACAACACCUGCUGCCCAGCAAACUACGUCUAUCCCUUCUACACCUAAACGACGUGUCAGACCCAAAAAACCAAGAACAAAACCUGAAAGAACCACAAGUCCUGGAACAGUUACACCUAAAAUUCCUAAAAUCCCUGAAUCUACACAGACAACACUGGCUCCCAGUAAAACACCAUUUAUUUCUUUGAAACCUAAAAUUCCUCUCACCCCAGAAGGGACACCCACCAAACCUGCACCUGGAACUCUGGAAACAAAACCUUCGACAUUAGCUCCACCAAAGACCAAACGACCAGGUCGUCGCCCCCGUCCUAAAACCACACCUAGUCCAGAUGUGCCCAAGUCCAAACCUGUUCUGGAACCUGCUACAGUACCCCUGGAGCCUUUGGUGCCCACAAUCGCGUCAAAACCAUCCAAAAGACCUAAAACCACACGUAGACCAGAUGUACUUCAAAUCCAGCCUGAUUCAAAACCACCAAAGCAAUUACUUCCUAAACCCCAAACCCCAGCACAACCAGAUACGCCACCAACUAAACCCGUCUUUGAGCCUGUUACAUUGGAGACCGAAGCUCCCUCCCCAACUAUAGUUCCUGCCACAGACCUUGAACCUGUAACUCUGAGAACUGAGACUCCCAUGACAACGUUGGCUCCAAAAACUUCACAACGACCAAGGACACGUCGUCCACGUCCCAAACAUAAAUACACACCGAGCCCAGCUACAUCUCAGAGCAAACUAGCUACAACAACAAAGAGACCUCGUCGUCCACGCCCCAAAGCUAAAACCACACCCCAUCCAGAAGUACUUCAGCCCAAAUUGGUUCCUACCACAGUCUUUGAACCAGUUAUACUUAGAACUGAGGCUCCGGUGACCACACUAGCUCCCAAAGUGUCUCAGCAAACUCAUCAUCCACCUCCCAAACCUGACACCACAGGGAGUCCUGAAGCCCUUCAGACUGAACUGGUUCCUGCUACAGUCCUUGAAGCAGUCACUCCUAUGAAAGAGGCUCCAGGGACUGCAUUUGUUCCUGUUACAGACCUUGAACCUGUUACUCUUAGAACUGAGACACCUGGGACAACAUUAGCUACUAAAACAACACAAAGACCCCAUAGUCCAUGUCCCAGACCUAAAACAACACCAAGCCCUCAAGUACCUCAUACUGAAUCUGAUAAAUUUCCUGCUACAGUUCUUGAACCUGUCACUCUUAGACCCGAGACCCCAGGAACAACAUUAGCCUCCAAAACAUCACAACAGACACGUCAUCCACGUCCCAGACCAAAAACCCCACCAACUCUUGAAGCAUCUGAGUCCAAACCAGUUCCUACUGCAGACCUUGAACCGGUUGUGUUGAGAACUGAAACAUGGGUAACAACACAAGCUCCUAAAACAUCAAAACGGACCCGUCGUCCACGUCCCAAACAUAAAACUACACCAACUUCUGAAGUACCUAAAAAAAAACUGGCUCCUACUACAGAUCUUGAACCUGGCCCUCUUAGAACUAAAGCUCCAGAAAUCGUGGUUCCUCCUACAGCCCUUGAACCCAUCACUCUUAGGACAAAGACUCCAGAAACUACAUUAGCUCCUAAAGCAGCACAACGAACCCGUCGUCCACGUCCCAGGCCUAAAACCACAUCAAGCCCUGAGGCAACUCAGACCAAACAGGUUCCUGCUACAAGCUUUGAACCUGUUAUUCAUAGUUCUGAGACUCCAGAAACAACGUUAGCUCCCACUGAACUGCAAACUCUUAUUUUGAAACAAGUGACAUCAUCAAGCCUAGAAAUGACACAGAGUCAACCUGUUUCUGAAGUCCUGGAAUCGAUUACAUUAAGCACUGAGUCAUCAAAGGAAGCUCUAGCACCAACUGUAACAGAUUAUCUGUAUCCCUCUGCCAAAGCACCACUCAGUCCAGAGGAACCAAAGACUGGAGUUGUGGAAUCUAUUACAAAUGUGUCUGAACCACCCGAGACCACACUAGAGACAUCUCCUCAGCCUUCCCAAACCAUAAUCCUACCCAGCCCAGAUGAGCCUUCCACUGAGCCAGCUCCCAAGCAAGCACCGCGUGCUCCUCCCAAACCAAAAACAUCUCCACAUCCAAGAAUCCCACAAACACACCCAGCUCACAUGGUGUCCCAGCCUAUUACUUCAAAGCCAAAAGCAUCACCAAGUCCAGAAGUAUCAUAUACUCUGCCUGUUCCAAGAGAUGUGCUCCUUCCCCCUAAACCAGACCCUGAAGUCUCUCAGAGCGAACCUGUUCUGCAACCUGUUACCUUUAGAAUUGACCUACCAGAGACAACAAUAGCUCCUUUAGAGACCCGAGGCAGCCCUUUUAUACCCAUGAUUUCACCAAGUACUGGUGAAGAGGAACUGCAAACCACUCUAGCAGAAACCGACCAAUCCACUCAGAAAUCCUUCACAACUAAGAUUCCACUAACAACUGAAUUGGUGACCACUCAGGCACCACACAGAUUGUAUACUACUCCUGUGAGGCCCAGAAUACCGGACAAAGCACACAUCAGACCUGUUCUGAAUAAGACAACUACAAGACCUAGUAGACUCAAACCCAGUAGGACACCCAAAGGGAAUGGAAUGGGAACAGGGGUCAAGCAAGCCCCAAAGCCAUCAGGUACUGGUAAACAUGUGUCCAUGGACUCUACCCACUCCACCAAAAAACCAGCCGCAGUCCCAGGUACUCGCCGCCCACACUUGCCACCUAGACCUGUGCCCCCACGAAGAAAACCUUUACCACCAAAUAAUGUCACUGGCAAGCCAGGAAGUGCAGGAAUCAUUUUAUCAGGCCGAGUAACAUCUCCACCCUUGAGGGCCACACCCGGCCCUACUGAAGCCCCUUCAGAGAGAGCAGAGACAGAUGAAAAGCAACCAACAGUUCCUGCAUCAGGAGAAGAUCUUGUUAAUAUAACUGACUUUAGCUCAAGUCCAACAAGAGAAACUGAUCCUCUUGGGAAGCCCAGAUUCAAAGGUCCUCAUGUGCGAUACAUCCAAAAACCUGAAAACAGGCCCUGCUCCAUCACUGAUUCUGUCAAACUGUUCCCCAAAGAGGAUGCUACUGAAGGGAAUGCCACCAGCCCACCGCAGAACCCACCUACCAACCUCACUGUGGUCACUGUGGAAGGGUGUCCCUCAUUUGUCAUCCUGGACUGGGAUAAGCCACUAAAUGAUACCGUCACUGAAUAUGAAGUUAUAUCCAGAGAAAAUGGGUCAUUCAGUGGGAAGAACAAGUCCAUUCAAAUUACAAAUCAAACCUUCUCUACAGUAGAAAAUCUAAAACCAGAUACAAGCUACGAAUUCCAGGUGAAACCCAAAAACCCACUUGGAGAAGGCCCACCCAGCAACACGGUGGCAUUCAGCACUGAAUCAGCGGACCCAAGAGUGAGCGAGCCAGUUUCUGCAGGAAGAGAUGCCAUCUGGACUGAAAGACCCUUUAACUCAGACUCUUACUCAGAAUGUAAGGGCAAACAGUAUGUCAAACGGACGUGGUAUAAGAAGUUUGUAGGGGUGCAGCUGUGCAACUCUCUCCGCUACAAGAUUUAUCUGAGUGACUCCCUCACAGGAAAAUUUUAUAACAUAGGCGAUCAGAGAGGACAUGGAGAAGACCACUGCCAGUUUGUGGACUCGUUUUUAGAUGGACGCACAGGACAGCAACUCAGUUCUGACCAGUUACCCACCAAAGAAGGCUAUUUCAGAGCAGUUCGUCAGGAACCUGUCCAGUUUGGAGAAAUAGGUGGUCACACCCAAAUCAAUUAUGUCCAGUGGUAUGAAUGUGGGACCACAAUUCCUGGAAAAUGGUAGAUGCUACAAUCAGAAUCAAAAGUGCCUUCUGUUUUAUCAUGGCAAAAAAAUAAUUGGAAACAGUAUUUGUCACAUUCAUUUAAAGCUGUUAUGUUUACUAUGUAUUAAAGUUUAAUAGCAAUAGUAGAUGUUUAUUAGAAAUAUUGCUGAGAAUAUUUAUCAGGUUUUACAAAAUCAUUUUAAGAAAACAAGAUAUUGACAUUAACAGAAUAACAUUUUUAGGGAAGCUGGCUCCCUACUCAUGGUAUUUUAAGAGAUCAUUUGUAUAUUAUUUAUCACUCUGUUGUAAUGAUGUUUUGAGAUACUUUUAUAACAAAUUUAACAUCAAAAACUAAUAUACUUUUAAAAAAAUAUUUCCUUUUAUUAAAGUGUAUUCUUCUUACUGGUGAGUUAAUGCCAUAAAUCUCAACUUGGUUUAACUUAUUAGAUCAAAUUAUCUUGAGCAUUUGUAUCUGGGGGGAAUAAAGGUCCUAAUAUUCAUGUUUAUUUAAACUUUAAAUUUUUAGCAAUAGCUAAACAGCUUUUCUGAAGCAUUUCAAUACUUAACCAUUCAUACCAAUAUACAUUUCUUUAAAUCUGUGCAAAUUACUAAAAAGCCUGUUUGAAUCAUUAUAUUUGAUUUCAGCUGCAAACCGAAUAGAAUAUCUGUUCAAUUUCAAAAUAUACAUUUUGUUCUUUCUCUACCCAUAAAUAUGCUACAAUGUCUGAAUGUACUUUGUCAAACUACCCUUUAACCAGGGAUUUGUCUUCAUACUGUUAAUUCUAAUGAAGCUGUACGUAGAGACUGAAUGUGAAGUCUGAGCACAAACACCCCUACAUUUUACAGGUACUCCUGUUUUUAGACCUCUAGGAAUGAAUGUAUCAGAGAAUGUUUUCGUAAUUUUGUCUAACUCAACCUGUAAUGAAAAUUUAAAAAAAAAAAAAAAUCCUUCAUUUGGGGAGGGACAUGGGAAUGCUGCAUUGUUGCCCUCUUUCUGAAAGGACCUUUCCUCUGCUUACCCUUCAACAUGCUUCAAGUUUAUCAAUGCUACAUUUUAUAUUUUUCAAGCAAGUAUAAACUCUGCAAUAAAGAGAUGUAGUUUUUUUAA